AUGAUACAAUUAGAAGAUUUCAAUCAACAAAUUUAUGAUCAGUUCAGUUCUUUAUUAGAAAAAAAGAAGAUGACUAAUCAAUUAAAUGAUUCCGUAUCGGUUCAAGAAUUUCUAGCUGAAAGUAGACGAUUGAAUAUAAUAGAAAAAGCUCCAUUUUAUGUCGCUAAAUGUUUAUUUACGGAUCAAAUUGUCAAAGAAAUUGAAGCAUACAGAAUGCUAUUCUAUCAAUUGUGUAAAAAACAUAUGGCAAGACAAAGAUCUCUUCUACUUGGUAUUGAAAUGAUAAUAAAUGAAAAUCCAGAAGUACAAGAAAAAUUACUCAACACAGGAUGUAUAUCUAGAAUUUUUUACGAACUUUAUCAAAAAGACAUUGUUAUAGAAGAAGUUUUCUAUCAAUGGCACGAACAGAACGCGACAGAAAUUAUCGAUGAAACAGUUUCAACAAAAAUACGAGACUGCGCUAAAAACUUCAUUGAAUGGUUACAUUCGGCUGAGGAAGGCAGUGAUGAAGACGAUAAUAGAUCCAAAUAA